UUGUUGCCAUAAUAAAUUGGUUUACAAUAUCUGAUAAAAAAAUCCAUAUAAAUGAAGAACAACAAUAAUUACAGACAUAUCAAAAAUGAGUUUCAAUAUGAGUCGGUUACUAUCAGUGUUUGUGCUUUUAGCAUUAUUUGGCAGUUCCUUAGGACUUUCUGGGGGCGUUAAGGCCAGUGAGGGACAAUUUCCAUAUCAAGUAUCUAUUCAAACAGAUGAUGAUUUUGGCAAUUAUUGUGGUGGUUCUAUUUUGAAUUCAAGAUGGAUUUUAACGGCUGCAACAUGUAUAAUUUCACCAAAUACAACUCUAUUUUACAUUAUGGCUGGUACAACAGACUGGACAGAUAAAAAUGGUACAAUCUACAAUAUUACUGAGGUUGUCAUUCAUCCAGACAAUGCAAAUAAUCGAGCUAUUGAUUUAGCAUUAAUUAAAGUAAAACAGGAAAUAAUAUAUUCAGAUACUAUUAAAAAUGUAGAACUUCCUUAUAAAGACAUGGUAAAACCUUAUUUACCUUUAAAAAUAAGUGCCUGGGGUGCGUCUAGUAUGGAAACAGUUGGACAGACUUCGAUUCGUGAUCUUCGUUUCUAUUCAACGCGAAUUGUAUCUCAGGAAAGAUGUCGUCAAAAAUAUCCAUGGAUAAAAGAUUGGGAAAUGUGUCUUAUUAGUAGAAGAGGAUAUGGUAUAUGUUUUAAAGAUGUUGGUAGUCCUCUUGUAUUUCAAGAAAAAUACCAACUAGGAAUAGCUACAAACCGAGUAACUUGUGGUUCAGGCGAUGCUGAUCAAGUAAUUCGCAUUUGGAAUUAUGUAGAUUGGAUCAAGAGUGUAAUUAAUAAAUAAUAUUUUAUUUAAUCAUUACACAAAAUCUUGAAUAAAUUUAUAUAAUACUAUUAAUAAUAUAGUAUAUAUUUGUGCCAAUAUUGGAUCGAUACAAAAAAAAACUUUUAAUAUUUUUCACAUUAUGUAUUAAUAACGAAAUAUUUAUUUUUUAAAUAUUUUUAUAAGAAAUGUAUAUUACAUUACGAAAUUUUGUAUGAAAUAAAAUUACUAAUCUCAUUA